AAUCGUCGGGAGGAGUACACACGAUUUAACACAACUGUAGGAACGGCGGUGCGGUUGGGAGUUACAAGUUGAACGCAAUACCUCGCUCGUAUUUUGGUUUGGGUAUUGGUUUUUAAUACGGCCGUAGAACCGUAGAACAGAGGGAUUUAGCCGAAUUAAUUGAGAUAACGGUGGCCAGCGAGUGGCUAAAAAUGCUACACGCCGGAAAUGGAGGUCAAAUUCGGCUGGAAAUGUUAAAACACCGCGAAGAAAGUGACACAGUAGAAGAGGCAACGUCAAGAAAGUGCGAGGGGCAGCUGUCUUCGAUGAAGGCAAACAGCUGUUCGUCUUGCAUACUUCCUAAUCGUACCAUAGAAAUGGAACAAGAGGAUAACAACUCGUGCUGGAACAAUCUGCCCAGCGUUAUUUUGCAAGAAAUAUUUUCGUAUUUGCCACAGGAGAAUAGGAUAAAAGCCUCUCAGGUUUGUAAAAAUUGGAGAUAUGCGUUAUUUCAUCCCAGUUUUUGGAGAAAAAUUACUUUUGUUCUGAAAGAUGAGGAUAGUAUUUCAUGGGCUAGGUUUUUGGCAGAUUGUUUUGGGCUUAGUGUACACGAAGCAACCAUACGAUGUGACAUUGCAUGUCAUAUUGUAGAAACUUCUCAUCUUCUGAAAAAAUUAUGUUGUAAUAGGCAGUUACGAAAAUUGUACUUGGAAUAUAGCAGUAGCAUAUUUGAAUGUCCUAAUUGGUAUAUGGAAAGUGAGACUGACAGUCCAACGAACAGUACAUCUUUAAUGAAAUCCAUUGUGAAAAUUAUUGAAACAUCUAACUGUUUGGAAGCUCUGAGUUUAGGAUAUAUGGAAGAGUUAGCAACUAAUGCCAAUAUAAUUUUAGAACCAUUACUUUUACAUCAGGCUAAACAUCUAACGCAUCUCAGUCUAGCAUCGGUCAAAGAUGACCCAGACCAUUAUGACUUUAUAGAAUUGGAGGAAUAUAUUUUUAAAUCGUUUAUCAGACUGACUGUUUUGACAGUAGAUUAUGACGUUGUUAAUGAUGCCUUACUCAGAGCUUUAGACAGUGGCACUAUGGAAACGAUAGUGAUACAUGUACAUGGUUGGCAUAACGAUUACUUAGGAACAUCAAAUGCAGCUUGGGAAUUCUUUGUUCAAAAGAAUCCAAAAUGUGAACUACGACUAAAUCUCAUACAUUCUUAUAUUGGUGUAAAAGUAUUAGAUACGGAAAUUCUUCAACCUUCCAUGCCUCUAACGCACUUAAAAGUAUUGUUCUGUGAGAAAUUUAAUACAGAGGUACUACAUCAAUUGUCAAACUGGUAUUCUAAUAAAUUAAAAUCACUCAUAUGGAUAGAUUCUAUGGAUACUACGGUAAAUACUCCAGCUACAGACGAUGCUAAUGAGCCAGAUAGUCCAGAUCCUUUAGUAUUCGUGGCUUGGAAGUGUUCUAAACUCGUGGAAUUGGUGUUUAUAGGACACAAAUAUUACAAAGAAAAUUUAUUAGCUAUCGCACGUCUUAGAGGAAGCACUCUUAAACUUCUUGUAUUUGCAGAAAGUGAUAUUGUGUCUGAUAGCGAAUCGUGGCACAAGACUGAGACCAUUACACAUGAAAUACAAGAGAUAAUGGGUAAACACUGGGCACCAUUAAGGAACACAGAGUUACCAACAGUAGUGUUGAAUCCUUUUGCCGGUGACAGCAGGGAGGUUAUUAUGCCGCUUAUCCUGCGCGACGAGAAAUAACUUCCAAGAAAAAAUGCCAAGAAAAUGUCAUCCAAGGACUAUCCAUUAACAGCCACGACCACUUAUGGAAGGAGAACAUUUUCAGAAGUACAGUUGUAAAGUUAUAUUCUUUAUUUUUCUAUAAGAUUUUUUUUUUCUUUUCUUUUUUUUUUUUUUUUUUUGUACGCAACGCGGUGAAUACGUAUAAUGAGUUCAUAGUCCAAAAUCUAAUUAACGCAUACUGCCAUCCGUCGGCUAGUUGUUAGAUGUAACUUAUUAAGUAAAAAGGAUGAGAAUAGUCUAUCACGAACUAUCGCGUCGUGAUAUUAACAAUUCUUGUAUGGAUGUGAUAUGUAUAUGGAGCUCGCAUUUAUAUUGCGCUAUACGUUUGCGAGUUUAACGUGCAUCAAUGUUCCUUCUUUAACGAUCAUGUUUUAUCUUAAACCAUUCCUUCAAGGAAGAUUUAUUCCUUAUAUGCACAAAAUUAAUUUGUGGCACAACCAAGGGAGAUAGUUAACGGUGUUAAUGGAUCGUGGAUCAUCGAUGUUCGUAAACUCGAUUACCGAUGUAUAGUACACGAUCAAUCCCCAAUGCUCUAGCGAUAAGAAGCCUACCUCUCGUGUCUUUCUCACGACGAAAUGUCCAAAUUGAACGCAAAUUACAAUGUAAUAGAAAUUACAAUGAUUGAGAGAGAGAGAGAGAUAGGAACAGAGAGAGAGAGAGAGAAAGAGAGAGAGAGAGAGAGAAAGAGAGAGAAAGAGUGAGAGGAAGAGAGAAGGAGAGAAGGAGAGAAAGAAAGAGAGAACGAUUUUCUAUAAUCCUUACGACGGAUGGUAGGAAUGACUUAUUUAUGCUGUGAUUUUUCUUCGUUGGAGAAGCUAUGCAGGGAAUCGCGUCUUUAUAUUGACAAUGAUAAUCGUAAACUUUUAUCAGGUAUAUAUAUAUCCUCACCGCGAUCUUUACUUUACCGAUCGUUCCUCUCACCCAAAUAUCAUCGAUACCCUGCGGAGAAUAAUAAGUAAAUUUCGUGUAGAUAUAACAAUACCUUGGUAUAUGUGAGAACAAGGUUAAUAUGUUAAAAAAAAAAAAAAAAAAGAAAAAAAAAAGAAAAAAAGGAAAACAAAACAAAAAAAAAAGAAAAAAAAAUGAAAAAGAAGAAGAAAACGAGAACGUCAAGGUAACGCUAUAUGGAUAGCAUUUUUUGACGUCUACCUGUUGCUACAGGGUCAUUAAGGAUAAUAUUUAAUAACCAAGGUAAAUAACUUGGGGAAAGGAAGAUGAUCAUCUAUGGGACAAAAGUGAGAGAAAUUCCGUGAAACAAUUAUACAAGGGAAUGAGAGGUCCGAUCCCAUGAUCUUCCACAGGAAAACUAAUGCGAAAAUUCCAAAAACGUUAUCUGUAAGUAGAGAAGAGAAAAGCGUCGUUCUUAACGGAUAUUUUUCCAAUCCAAUGCAAGAAGAAGAAUGUAGAUAAACAAAGGAGCCAAGCGUUCGCUAAGAGCAUGCUGUGCGACACUACUAAAAAAAAAAAAAGGGAUAUUUAAAACAACUCGAUAGAAUUAAACAUACUUUAAACGAAUAUCGCGUAGUUUGUAUUAAAUGCACAGAAGUACAGAGCUGAGAACUACUCAAAGUAACGAGAAGUCAAAUGGCGUUCCGAGGUUAUUUUUAAUACCAAAACCAAUCGGACGCAAUUGUAAAAAAAAAAAAAAAAAAAAAAAGAAGAAGAAAAAAGAGAAAAAAGAAAAGAAGAUGAAGAUGAAGAAGAGGAAAAAACGAGAGAAAACGUUUAAAUGUGUGGAUGCGCACGCCAGAGUCGGCCAAGUAAUACAUGCAUACAAGUGAUAGCCGAGGAAGAUGAAUCAUGCGGAAUGUUGUACGACGGUAUGUGUGUUAAUAUCAUAUAAACUGUGAUCAACAACCGUUUGUUCUGUACGUACCAUUUUUCUCCAUUAUGCUCUUAGCGAUCGCCGAUAUGCGAAACAUGAGUAUAUCUAACGAAGAUCGAAGGAAGUAACUCUGCUAAUCGUAUAUAUACAUAUAUGUAUAUAUAUAGAUAUGUAUGUAUAUGUGUAUAUAUAUAUACUUAUAUAUAUAUAUAUAUAUAUAUAUAUAGGUAUAUCUGUACUACUAAUCUGUCGAAGUUUAAAAGUUUAAUAUUUGGGUGCAAUAAAAAGCACUCGCAUUUCUAUCGUGCGAUUAAUAAUGGUGACGAUUUUGAAUGUUGUUUACAAAGGAGCCGUAUAUAAUAACGCAAAGGGGAGGAAUAACAAAAGAGAAGGAAGAAGAAGAAGAAAAAAAAAAUAAGUAGAAGAGUAAAAAAAAAGAAACCAAAAAACCAACGUAUAUACAGUUGUACUAUUCUGAGAUGCGAUUUACUUUUUUCGAAUCCUUGUAUAAUUAUUAAUGUCGUCGUAUGUACAUUAUAGUCACGUAUUAUACCAUUCUUUUUUUAUAUGUGAUCCUGUACAUACACUUCAUGCGUCGAAAUCUUUAAAUGAAAAGAAAAGAAACAAAAAAAAAUGGAAAAAACGAAACAGGAGAAGUAUUUCCACACUUAUGUGCGAAAGAAAGCCGCGAUAAUGUGCCCUCCCCCACCCCCACCCCAAACAUGCUGUACGUAAAGUCAAGAAUAAGAUAUGCAAAAAACAAUGUUGUAAUACGUGUAAUAUAUAUAUAUAUAUAUACACACACACGUAUAUAUAUAUAUACAAAUCUACAUAUGUAUGUAUGUAUAUAUGUAUACAAAAAUACACGGAUACGAAAGGUUCGAUCGAGUGUGAAGCACAAAAAAUGUAUGUAAAUCGAGCGGACACUUAAAAACGAAAAAGAAAGAGAGAGAGAGAGAGAAAGAGAAUGAGAGAGAAAAAGAUAAAAUGCCGCUAUAAUACAAGAUGAACGGGCCUUAAUAUGUACCUGAGUCGCGGUGUAAGAGUAAUUUUGACGAAACGUUUGACGCGCGACGUCGCGAUAAAAAAGAAAGGAAGAGAAGAAACAUACAACACGUACACGUUAAAAGCUAAUCAUUAAAUCCUUAGUAGACAUUUUUUGUCGAACCAUUUGGUGAUAACGAAGCCAAUCGUUUAUCAAAAAAUGACUAGAGGUUAAGAUAGAAGAAGAGAUGCGUCUGCGACAGCCCUUUCAUUUCGUACUACAUGCGCGUGAACAAUUAAUUGUAUUUACUUUACAUUGAACGAUGUAACACGAGAAAAAGAAAGAGAGAGAAAGAGAAAGAGAGAGAGAGAGAAAGAAAGUGUGAAAAAAAGAAAAGGGGAAAGAGAAGGAUGUCUUAACGCGAAAUAAGACUCGUAUAAUAAUCGAAUAAUGUGCGCUCGUUAGCCGCCAUUUUAACGCGCAUAAGCUCGCCAUGUUUUUCUUUCUUUUUCCCCUCUCUUUCCUUUACUUAUUUUAGGUUUUUUUUUGUUUAUUUAUUUCUUUCUUUCUGUCUUUCUUUCUUUCUUUCUUUCCUUCUUUCUUUCUUUCUUUCUUUCUUUCUUUCUUUCUUUUUUUCUUCCUUUCCUUUCUUUCUUCAUUUAACGAUAUACCUUUGAUCAUUCUUGCAUAAUUUUUCCUUUAGCAUCGAAAUCGCGUGCUUAUAAAUAUUAUUAAAAAAAUGUCAUGCUCGCGUGCGCGCGGUGUUUACGAGACCGUGAAUGAGAGCAAGAAAGUGAGAGAGAAAGAGAGCACGAAGUUAUGUGUGUAUGUUACAAGACCAUGCAUGUUGCGUUCGUAUUGCGAAAAAUCUAUCUAUAUGUGUGUGCGUGUGUGAGGGAGAGAGAGAGAGAGAGAGAGAGAGAGAGAGAGAGAGAGAGAGAGAAACAAGAUAAAAAUUAAAUAGAAAAGUAAAGAUGAAAUGUGAGAAGGAAAAAAAGAAUAAAUCUAGGUGAUAAUGUGUAGCACCAUCUAUGCGCGUUAAAAAAAAAGAAAAAAAAUAAAAAAAUAAAAAAAAGAGAAAAAGAAAAAAAAAAGAAAAAAAAUAGAAGCAAAGAACAAAAAAUGUGCAGCCGCUUAAUAUGGGCACAACGCGAAGGUACACAGCGUGCGUAUAUGUAUUAUUGAUUAUAGAGCGCGAUGAUAUACAACAAACAUAAGACUGAACCUGCCGAAAAAGGUGUAUUUAAACAAAAAUAUGCAUACGCAAUCUCGCGCGCGCGCGCACAUAUUAUACAUGAAAGUUAAGCGAGCUGCACGUUGCGUCAUGAUCGACAUCUUACUCAUAAAGAACAUGUACUUCCUAUGUAUAUGCGAAUAAGCAGAAAGAAUGAGAAGAAGAGAAAGAGAGAUAGGGAGUAAGAUUUUUCUCGUGAAUCUCCUCAGUGGUUUAUUCUCUUAAAAGUGCUAUCAACAGUGUUGGGCAUUUUUUUCUUUUCUUAUUUCUUUUAUUUUUUUUUCUUUGCUUUUCUUUUUUUUUUCUUUUCUUUUCUUUUCUUUUCUUUUCUUUUUUCUUUUUUUUUUUUUUUUUUUUAACUUCCAAUUCGCUCGAUGGUGGAAAAACUUAAUAUAUGUAUGUAUACAUAUACAUAUAUAUACAUACAUAUAUAUAUGUAUGUAUAUAUAUACAUAUACAAACAUGUUAGCGAUUUUAUGAAUAUGUUCGUCGUCGUAUUAAUGCGAAAGAUUAAGCGAAAGGAUAUUAAGAAGCAAUUAAAAUAAGGGUGAUGUGUGUGGUGCGUAUCACGCAAAGAUAGCUAGCGUUUAGCGAUACGGAAAAAAAGAAGAAAAAAAAAAUGAACAAGAAGCCUCCAUACACACUUAAUAUGUAUGUAAAAAAAAUUACACAUACAUGUCCACCCACCCAUACACACACACACACACACUCAUACGUACGCACGCACGUACACACAAACACACUGUAUUUCUCGUUUCGAGGAUUAUUCACUCGAUAAUGGUUCUCUCAUAGCCGAUAAUUAACCUUAAGCAGCCUGCCAAGAAUCAAAAUACAUAAAAUAUGUAAAAUAUCAAACGAACGCUAGCCAGUACAGAAUGCUAUAAGAUCUAUUUUUUAAGACGCGAAUGUAUAUUUUUGUACUAAGGCAGGCCUUAGUGUGCGUGAUCGUAACGAGAAAACAAGAUAAAGAAGAAACGAAGAAGAUGAAAAUGAAGAUAAAGAUGAAGAUGAAGAUGAGGAUUAGGAUGAAGAUGAAGAUGAAGAUGAAGAUGAAGGAGAAGAAAACAAUCGCGAUAAAAAAGGGAAAAAAAAGUAAUUAUAAUAAUAAUAAUUAUAAUAAUUAUAAUAAUAAUAAUAAUACUAAUAAUAACAAAUUCCUCUUGAGCGCGCGCACAAGAACGCCAAGAUGGAGGAGAGCUGUGAUUAAAUCAUGUCGGCUUAAAAUAAGAAAGAGGAAACGUAAUAACGCCAAGGUUUAAACAAAGCAAACAAGGGGUUGGGGGAUGUGCGACGUCAAUUCCAGUAAAUCCCGCUGUUGGAUAUUAUUAUUAUACAUAUAUGUUGUACCGAGUGUGGGCCAUAAGAAUAAAGAAGAAAAGAGAUUAGAGGGAUCGAAUAAAAUGGGGCGAUAUGAUGAAGAACAAAACAUCUGUGAUAAAACUAAAAAUAAAAGAAACCAAUAUUAAAAUCCUAGACGGGUGCUCAUUGAUAAGGAAGAAUAAAUAAGGAAGAAAGAAAGGAAGAAAGGAAGAAAAGAAGAGAAGAAGAAAGAUACGAAGAAUCUUUAAAAUAUGUAGGUCUAAAGAAAACGAUAAACAAAAACGAAAAUGUAAACGAAAACGAAGAUGAAUAUGCACGAAGUAUAUGAUUCCUAGAAGAAGAGGUGUUUUUUGAUCGAGUAUGAUUCCGAUGAGAGAGCAAGAGAAAGAACGAAUGAUAGAAUGAUAGAACGAGAUUACUCUGUACGUAUAUGAUCGAUUUACUCGUAAAAAGGAAAUGAGAGAUUUAAAAUGACACGAAUAGGAAUGAGGAAAAUUAUAAAAUAUCGCGACAUGAAAAGAUAUCGUACGUGUCGAUCCAACUCUACUCAAAGAAAAAUGCCGAUCUAACAAUCCUCGCGAAAAUUCAACGAACGUCCAGUCGUCUAUUCGCUUAUAUACAUAUAUAAUUUUAUCUUCAUAAACGCGUUUAGACGAAAGUGUGCCCAUAGAAAUAAAGAGGGGGGAGAGAGGGAGAGAGAGAGAGAGAAAAAAAAGAAAGAGGGAGAGAGAUAUGCAUAUUUAGUUAUGUAGAUGAAAACUAUUCACGAAAUCGCGCGAUUAAAGGCCAUAACGUACAUACAUACAUAAAACACGAUGAACACAAGACACGCGUACACAAAUUUAAUUUACGUGCAAAGGAGCACACUGACAUUCCAUUUGGAAAAAAGAAAUAUGUAGAAAAGUGUAAAAAGGGUGAACAUCGAGGGUCAAGAUCUCUUUUCUUUUUGUUUUUCUUUUCUUUUUUUUUUUCUUUUUUUUUUCUUCAUUUUUUUUGUUUCUUCCUGUUUUUCCUUAUCAAUUAACACGUGUAAAUACGUGAAGCACGAUAGAUAGAUGAAAGCUCGAUUCAAUUAGAAUUCGAGUUAAAGUUUCGAGUAUUAGUAUGUAUUAAAGUUGCGAGCUCUAGUGAACUUUCCACGUGGAAACAAAAAGAAAAAUGAUUAAUACGCUGGACCAACGAUUCGACUAAUUUUCGUCGUCCUUUGUUUUGAGACAAGAAUUUAGGCCGAUCUAUCGUUUUUUUUUUUUUUUUUUUUUUGAUUUUUAAAUUUAAUUAGAAUCUCGUUGAAAUGACGACGAGAAAAGAGAGAAAGAAAGAGACAGAGAAAGAGAGAAAGAAAGAGAGAGAGAGAGAGAGAGAGAGAGAGAGAGAGAGAGAGACGAAAAAUGUACACAAGAAUUAUUUAUUUAAGAAUCGAGAGGGUAAAAAUCAAAAGUAAAUAAUCAUGAGAUAGGGGUCGGUCCAGGGUAUAUACCACGAGCAGUAUUAUAAGUUCCUAAUGAAAGAAGAAGGAAAUAAAAUAAAGAACUUGCAGUUCGUUUUAGAACGACACUCUAGAUAUUUAAAUAUAUCGUAGCUUCGUCGAAGUAACACGAAAGAAGAGGUCAUUUUGUUCGACAAUCUUUUUCUUUUUCUUUUCUUUUUUUUUUUUUUUCUUUUUUCAUCGAUCGACUACUUGCUUUCGUAUAUGUGUAAGCACUUAUAUGUGUAUGUAUACACGCGACAUGACAAAAAAUACAUAUAUACGUAACACGCAAAUACAUUACCGAUAAUUUUAUCGAAAUUUAAUAUGAACCAAGUAAUGAUCCAUUCCAAUAAAAAUAUAAAGGGCAGCGGAUGAUAAAUCGCGCAGAUCGGGCAGGCGAAAACGAAAGGAUUCUUGUUAGAAAAAGAGAUAGAAAGAAAAAAAGAAUACCUCCUUUCAUCCCCAAAAAAUGUUAUAUGUAUAUAUAUAUAUAUAUAUGUAUUAUAUAUAUAUGUCUUCGUCUAAUAUACGCAACAAGGGGGAGAGAGAGAGAGAGAGAGAGAGGGAGAGGGAGAGAGACACAUACACACACAUGCAUGAAUAAUUACACGAUCUUAUCGAAAAUCCAACGCUCUCCUCGAUCGAUAAUACGUAGGAAGGAAGUUAAGUGUUAACCGUACAUAAGAAAUAAAAGGAUAGAAGCCUGCGGCAAGAAAAAAAUACACAUAUGUUUUCGUCAUCGCGCAAACGGAGAAAGAAAAAGGAAUUAAAAAAAAAAAAGAAAAGUAGAAGAAGAAGAAAAAAAGGAAAAAGUAUUACGACGAUCCAACAUCAUUGAUCUUCUUCGAGGUUUUCUACGAGAUCGAGAAAAAUAUUAUGAUAGGAAGCGCAAAUCUAAAUAAAUAAAUAAGAAAAAGAGGAAAAAGAAGUAAAGAGAGAAGAAACAAAAAAAAAUUACUGUCGUUCGAACUUGUCGCGCGUAUCUAUCGUAUUGCGGGAAUAAAUAAUCAAAAUUAAAGGGGGGGAAAAAAUGUUAUUCGUUCACAUUCUCCUGUGAAAAUAACUUAAGACGAUCCAUCGAAAUUUUAAAGUUCCUUUUUCUCGUUCUUGAAAAUUAUGAUCUUCGGCUAAUCUUUAAUUUUCGCCGUUCGAUCUUCCUUCGUUUACAUAAUGUAUUAUUUUAUCGUAUAUUGCAAUUGUCACAAUAAUAAUAAUUACAAUAUUCACGAACGGCAGAGUUAUCGAUAAGCACAAAUAUGAAACUAUAUGACCGCAGUUAUACUUUAUAGUUUUAAUUUAAAAAAAAAAAAAAAAAAAAAAAAAAAAAGAAAAGAAAGAAAGAAAGAAAGGAAAAGACGAAGAAGAAAAAUGAUCUAAAAAAGUCGAAUGAAAGAAAAAAAAACUUGUGAACAUUAAAUUCGCGUGUUUUUCUGCAAAAGAGCAAAGCCAUUAUUCUUCUUCGAAGUUUGCGCGUGCGUAUGCAAACGGAUCACAAAUUCAUUCGUAAUCCUUGUUGCGUUGCGUUACGUUGCGUUGUAUGUACUUGUCGACGAUGAUGACGAUGAUGACGAUGAUGAUGAUGAUGAUGAUGAUGAUGAUGAUGAUGAUGACUACGGUGAUGAUUCGUGAUUGAUAGAGCUUAGUUGGCUCAUGAAUUCGAUUAUAUAACUCGAAUUUUCUUUCUUUUUUCUUUCCUUUGAUUAAUUACGUGAUCGAUUUAUAUCUCCUUCGACUAUUAUAUUCGACCAUUUUAACGAGAAUAAGAUAAGAAAAAAAAAAGAAAUAAAUAAAAAAUAGAAACGAAAGAAAAAAAAAAUCAAGAAGAAGCUUAACGUCGUACAUUAUUAAAUGUACACUAUUCUAAUUUAUAUUUUAUCAAUUGUAUCAAAGCUCUUCGGCACGUAUAUCUACUUUGAUGAUCGAUUUACUAUCAUUAUUAUAAUUAUUAUUAUUACAAUUGUUAUUGUUGUUAUUAUUAUUAUUAUUAAUUUUUAUGAUUAAUAUUAUAUUACAUUCGUAUAUUGUUGGCAAGCACAAGUUUAUCUUCACAUAGGCUCGCCAACUUUGCGCUGUCGAUACACGUAAAAGGAACAAAGGAACCGUCGUAUUUUAAUGACUCUUUUUCUUUUUUCUUUUCCUUUUUUUUCCUUUUUUUUUUUUUGGUCUGCCAAUACGUAAUAUCUCGCAUCGUUCUUGAAUUCUUUCUGUCGUCGAUAACAAGUCGAUAAAUUAAACGUAUAUGUAUAUAAUAUUAACAAAAAAAAAAAAACAA